AUGUAGCAUACAUCAUAUAAAUACUUUUAGAAAGUAUUGAAUAUCUAUUAGAUAAAGUUGAAUUACUUUGCCAAAUUGUAGCUUAAAUACAUUUUACUCAUAUAAAUAAUCAGAUUUUUGCCUCUUUACUUAAUCAUUCCACUGUUUAGUUACACAUUUGAUUAAAUGAGCUUUGCACAGUUAAACUUCAUAGAAUCCUUGAAUUAAUUAAAGCAUUUAAUCUACUAUCGAAAAUAAUUACCUGGAUGCUAGAUUUUAGUACUCUAUGCUGCUAAACGUCAUUUGAGUUAACCGACGAUUGGACAAUAUCAAAUGAAGCCUAAAUAGCAGAAUUAUCUUUGUUCUAAGCGAGCUCGCUGUAUGAGCUUGGCAAACUUUCAGUUCAAUGUGGAAAAAACAUGUUGGGCUAUAUAGAUAUAAAACGAUUAAAAGAUUAUAAUGAAACCAUUAACCUCACACAAGAGCAUCUUUUUAAUAUCUACAUAAAUGUAGGCAGCUGUUCAUAUUGUGCAUCAAUAGCAUGAUUUAUAGGAUGGACCCAAGAGAAAUAAAGCUGUUUCAGAAUCACUUUAGGAAUAAUUUGGCAGUAUUUACAUUAAGUGUGAAAGAAGAAUUUCAAUUUCCAUAGGAGAGCAGUCAGCAUUAAAAGGUCCAACUCGAUUUACAGUGUAUCUAUCUAUACAUACAUAAAGUAUGAAUUUAACAGAAUAUUAAUUACAAGGCUCGUGUUAACAUUAAUUGCAAGCCUUGAAAAGCAUUAAAGACAAGUCAUUAGUGCAUAUGGUAGAUUCUAUAAUAUUCUAUUAUUGCGAACAUAAUGAUAAUUAGGAGAUUAUGAAUUUUGAAAAUGAUCAUCAAACAUUAUAAAGAUGA